UCUGCUUGGAUAACCAACCCAACAGAGCCAUUUGUCCUUUGGAAAUAGGGCAGAUAGUAUAGGAAAGCAGGAGUUCACCAGGACCCAGAGUGCUGAGGCAGAGAGAGGAAAGCACAGGGGAGAUAAAGGGUUGAGAAUAGCUAAAAUCACCAUUCAAGUUGGCGCCCGGAUCUUGGUGAAACCAUCCCUCAGCUCCUGGAGGGAGACUGCUAAAUCAUGAAAUUAAUUGCUGUGCUUUUCCUUUGCUCUAGGCUGCUACCAAGCUUAACCGAGGAGUCCUUCUCACAAGAAAUCGAUUGCAAUGAUGAAGACCUAUUCAAGGCUGUGGACACUGCUCUGAAGAAAUAUAACAGUAGAAACCAAAGUGGCAACCAGUUUGUGUUGUACCGUGUAACCGAGGUCACCAGGACGGAUGACCCUGAGACAUUUUAUUCCUUCAAGUACCAAAUCAGGGAGGGAGACUGUUCUGUUCAAAGUGACAAAACAUGGCAGGAUUGUGACUACAAAGAAUCUACACAAGCUGCCACAGGAGAAUGCUCCGCAACCGUCGGGAAGAGAGGGAAUACAAAAUUCUCCGUGGCUACGCAGACCUGCCAGAUUACUCCAGCCGAGGGUCCUGUGGUGACAAGCCAGUAUGACUGCCUUGGCUGUGUGCACCCCAUAUCGACUGCGAGCCUUGACCUGGAGCCCGUUCUCAGACACGCCAUUCAACAUUUUAACAACCACACCGGUCGUUCCCACCUCUUUGCUCUUAGAGAAGUCAAGAGGGCCCACAGACAGGUGGUGGCUGGAUGGAAUUAUGAAAUUACUUACUCAAUUGUGCAGACGAAUUGCUCCAAGGAACAUUUUCUGUUCUUAACUCCAGACUGCAAGUCCCUUUUGAAUGGUGAUAUCGGUGAAUGUACAGAUCACGCACACGUGGAUCUGCAGCUAAGAAUUGCUUCUUUGUCGCAGAAGUGUGAACUCUAUCCAGGAGAGGAUUUUAUAGAACCGCCUCCCAGUAUUUGCCCUGGCUGUCCCAAAGAGAUACCUGUCAACAGCCCAGAGCUGGAGGUGGCUCUGAAUCAUUCCACUGCAAAGCUUAAUGCAGAGAAUAAUGGAACGUUCUAUUUCAAGAUUGACCACGUGAAAAGUGCAACAGUACAGGUGGUGGCUGGAAAGAAAUUUUCUAUUGAGUUCAUAGCCAGGGAAACCACGUGCUCCAAGGAAAGUAAUGAAGAGUUGACAGAAAGUUGCAAUACCAAUAAAUUUGGAAAAAUUCUAGACUGUAAAGCUGAAGUUUAUGUAAUACCUUGGGAGAAGAAAAUUUACCCUACUGUCCACUGUCAAUCACGGGGAGAGACCACAUUGAUGAAAAGGCCUCCAGGUUUUUCACCUUUCCGAUCAGUACAAGUGGAGAAAACAAAAGAAGGAACAACUGUAAGUCCACCCCACACUUCCAUGGCAUCUGUACAAGAUGAAGAGCAGGAUUCAGGAAAAGAACAAGGACCCACUCGUGGGCGUGGCUGGGGUCAUGGAAAGCAAAUAAAACAUGGCUUUGGCCAUGGCCAUAAACAUGAGCAUGACCAAGGCCAUAGGCACAAUAGGGGACGUGGCCUUGGCCAUGGACAUCAAAAACAACAUGGCUUUGCCCAUGGACAUCAAAAGCAACAUGGCUUUGGCCAUGGACAUCAACAGCAACAUGGCCUUGGUCAUGGACAUCAACAGGAACUUGACUAUGAUCUUGAACACCAAGGGAGACAUGGCCUUGGCCAUGGACAUCAAAGGGGACGUGGCCUAGCCCAUGGACGUACCCAUGAGCAUGGUCAUGGCCAUGGAAAAUAUAAAAAUAAAAGAAAAGACAAUGAAAAGGACAAUGGUUGGAAAAUAGAGCAUUUGGCAAGUUCUUCUGAAGAUAGUACUACCUCUUCUGCACAGACACAAGAGAAGACAGAAGGGCCAACACCCCUCCCUCCCCUAGCCCAGCCAGGUAUAGCAGUUACCUUGCCUGACUUUCAGGACUCAGAUCUCAUUGCAGCUGUGAUGUCUAACACACCACCAACUCCCACAGAGAGUGAUGAUGAUUGGAUCCCUGACAUCCAGAUAGAAAAAAAUAGCCUUUCAUUUAACCUGAUACCUGACUUUCCAGAAAAAACCUCCCCCAAAUGUCCCGGACGCCCCUGGAAGCCAGUUAAUGGAAUGAAUCCAACUGUGGAAAUCAAAGAAUUUCAUGAUUUUGAUCUCUCUGAUGCUUUGUAUUAAUUUAUGCAGCCAUGAGUCUUUCUUUAGCAUGUCAGCAUUCCUUCCCCCCACUGUCUAAAUAUCCUGAUACAAUGCACUGAGAGCCAUGAAGCUUCAGAACAGCCUAGAAAGAAGGGGUGAGAUUCCCAGUGGGGACACCGUCAAUCUCUGGAUGACAUAAAACUGUGUGCAGAAUCCUAAAUCCUCUCUGGGACUUCCUCAGAAGUUUUCUUAACUAGCACAGAAAAUGGACAAACUGAUGUGCCUUAUGGCCUGUGGCAAUUUGCUUUUCUGAUGACGAAUGUGUACCUUAAAAUGCAUGCCAUCGAUUUUCAUACAAAGAUUCGUGACAUUCUGAAUAAAGUGUGGCAUCUGAUCCCUGAGCACAAGUGCAAAUAAGGGAAGUCAAGAGACUGAAUGCUGAAUUUCUUAAUGGGAAAAAAAUAAAAAUAAUAAAACCUCCAGAGGUUAUAAAGAGGGACAACAAGAAAGAAAGCCAGCGUGGCCAAAGAGAGGAUAGGGCGGAAGUAGAUGAACUGACUUUCUGUUUCCAAAAGGGCUAGUUACAUUACUCCCACAUGAAAAAGCUGUCCUGAUAAUUCUCUUUCUGGGUGACAGUGUUUCCUGUAAGUCCAUAAUCUCCGUUUAGUCAUUAAGGAGCCUUUGCAACAAGGCUUUCAAAUAGGAGUUUUCUGCCUGUGUAUUUGUUGUCCAGACCACAUCGAGUAAUCCUUAGUUUUUAGCAGCUCUGAGUUUAAUGAUAAGGAUGGAAAGCAGAAGAAGUAAUAUAGAGGCAGGCUUGCCAAGGAAAACCUUUUUUUAAUCAUU